AUGGCCACACAGACGACGACGAUGCCGCGUACACCGCGCGCCUACAACACCUCGAAACCACCGAAUUCAGCAUUACCAGCACUUCCAAACUCGCUGAACCCGAAACCAUCCCUCCAAGCCAUGCGACGUACAUCACUGCUGCCGUCGUCACCCGGUCGGUCGAUGUCCGGGUCGUUCGGCAGACCAUUAUCAGGUGUACCUUCGCUGGAGGCUUCAUCACUCUCGAGGCCAGGCCAGCCUAAACGGGCUGUGUCGAUAGCAGAGUCAUUUCCACGGCCUCCUCGUAACGGCGAUAGAAUCGCAAGUUUACCACCGCCGAGUCCGAGUCGAUUCGGAAAGAGCCCACCAACGCCUUCAUCACCACUCGCAAGUCCUACACGACCGACUCCUAACAGGGAUUCACUAAUGCGACCAAAAAACAUGCCUUCUUCGGGAAACCUUGCCGGUCGGUAUUCGAGGGACAGUGGUGUUGGAUUCAUGUCUGGUGGCAGCAAUACUUCUGGCGGCGGUGAAUACACCACGAGUCCCCCUCACAGCAGGAGUAGCAGCGCGAACGGAAGUUAUUCGACGAUGCCGACGACGAUGACUGCUUCGUCGAGUGCAGAUGAUCUCCCACGAGGGCGAACGGAGGAGAGGGACGGCGGCUCGGAGAAGGAGACAAAGGGAAACGUUAUCAUCUCGGUUCGAGUGCGUCCCGAUGGACCCGAGGACCAGAUGAGCCCAGACUGGAUUGUGGAUGGGCGGCGCCAGCAGGUCGGAUAUCGGGGAAAGGACGGCGGCACGUACGAAUACGACAACGUCUUUUGCCAGGAGAACAAUAAUGCCCAGGUUUAUGAAUCAUGCGCGAAACGAUUGGUGCGACGGGUUAUGGAAGGAUUCCACGCAACGGUGUUUGCUUAUGGUAUGACGGGAACCGGAAAGACGUACAGCAUGCAGGGCACGGCAUCGUCGCCGGGUGUAAUACCGCUCGCCGUCACGGAUAUCUUUUCGUACAUUCGGGAGACGCCGCACCGGGAGUUCCUGCUGAGAGUCAGCUACUUGGAAAUCUACAACGAGCGGAUACACGACCUGCUCGCAUCGCAACCCGGAACCACCGGAUUCGUGCCGCUGGAUCAGCAGACCAAAGGCGAGGAGAUCAAGCUUCGUGAGGAUCCAAAGAGGGGUGUCUACGCCACGCCACUCAAGGAGGAGAUCGUGCAGAGUCCUACGCAGUUGCUGAGGGUGAUCGCUCGGGGUGAUCUUUGCAGGCGAACGGGCAGUACCCAGUUCAACGCGAGGUCCUCGCGCUCGCACGCGGUGGUUCAGAUCGUUGUCGAGAGUAGGGAGCGAGUUGCGGGUUCGAACAACGGGGACAUGGCGGACAAUCGCCGUGCUGGCAUCAACGGUGGUGUGAGGGUGUCCACGCUAUCGCUGAUCGAUCUUGCCGGUUCGGAGAGGGCCGCGGAGGACAAAGAACGGCGAACGGAGGGAGCCCACAUCAACCGUUCGUUGCUGACCCUGGGAACCGUCAUCGCGCGUCUGUCAAAGGAUGCGGAGAAAGACAAGGAUGGCUCCCAUCUUCCGUACCGUGACUCGAAACUCACCCGUCUCCUUCAGCCUGCGCUCUCCGGAAACUCGAUCAUUUCUAUUCUGUGCACGAUUGCUGUUCCAUUGGCGAAUGCCAGUGGUGCAGGCAAUGUCACCAACAUCGGCGAGACGAUGAAUACGCUGAAAUUUGCGGCUAGAGCGAGGAACAACAUUACCUCUCACGCAAAGAAGGGCGAGGAUUUCCCCGGGGGCCUAGAUGCACACAGCAAGGCAUUGUUGGAAAGGUAUCGGGCUGAGAUUGGAGAACUACGACGCGAAUUGGAGGUCCAGAAGGCGAAAGAGGAAUUGCACUCUAAGGAACGAGAAGAACAGGAGUUGAGGGUAGAACGUGAACAGGAUACCGAGAGGCACGGAGAGCAGCUGCUGGAAAUGCAAUUGGCACGUACAGCAUUGAAGGAGCGCAUCGAGCACCUAAAUCGGUUGAUCUUGUGCUCAAAGUCGUCGGGAGUCAACUCGGCACGCUCGUCGAUGAUCGGUCCUGCGGGUGGUCAUAUGUCUGCACUCUCAAUACGCACAUCCAUGCAGCCGGCUCAGAACGCGCGCCUUUCAUCGUCGUCAUCAAUCAACCCGUCGACCCCAGGCUCGGACCAGGACGAAGAUUCAACCGGUGGCGAAUACAACGAUGGCAACGCUUCGCUCAGUUCACAGGUUCGCGCGCUACAAGCGGACCUUGGUGAUCGGAAUCGCUAUAUCGUUACCCUGGAGAAGAGAUUAUUGCAGGCUCGCCGGAGUUCACAGAAUAGGGCCAGUUACGGAAUCGGCGGGAGCCCGCACAACACCAAGAUGCCAGGGCUGAACGAGGUGGUUUCGGAAGGGCGCGUUGAGCUACUGCUCAAAGAAAAGGACGACGAGAUUGCUGAAUUGAGGGCACGACUCGACGACAAGGAACGCAUGGUGUCUGCACUUAGGAGCGCGGCACGGAAGCGUGAUACUGCCGAUCUGUGUGCCAGUGGCAAGCGAUUCAGCGGCGAGAGCGCCGGAGCAGUGGAUGCAGACAAGCUUGUGAGUCCAGUGGAGGCACCGGAUGAGUUGGUAGAGUGUUUUUAG